GAUUGUCUGCCUGGUAGAGAGGUUUUCAAGAUUGGGAGGACCCAACCUGUCUGAUUUGAGAAAUGCAUAUGCAUCCAAAGAGAAGCCAGUUACAGUUUCAGUAGUUCCAAUUCUUGACAGUGAUAUCAGUGACCUUAAAUGUGUUGGAGGGGAUUAUUCAUUUGGAAAUCUUGCUCCCUUAACUGAUGGCACACUUGCUUCUACCAGACCAGAUCACUUCUAUGGUGCACGUCCUAAACAACUCAAAAAUAAUCGUCAGAUCCGCAAUGAACUCUACAAUUAUAUCAUUCCAUCAACACGGGAUGAUCUUCCAAUGGUUGGCUGUGGCUACACGGCAGGCUUGUUAUGACGGCGCACUAGGAGCUCGGGGUAUUAUGCAUGCUCUCCAGUCAUACCAACAAGAUGGAUUGGGCUCAACUUAUGACAACAGUGCUUACACUCUUACAUCAACUUAUCAUGGCGGUACACUCAAGCUAUACACAACUCAUCUCACUGAGUCCAAAGGCUCAGGUGAUCGCCCUGAAUAUAUUAUGACCCAACUCAAUACUUGGGGCAUGACUGGGAACUUGGAAACAUUUCGGCAAGGACUUCUUCAUUCAAGAUCUCAACACCAGAUGGGCUCUGAGGCAGCUCCUACCGUGGAUGACUCUGAUGUAUCGACGUUGUCUGACGAAGCAGAAUAUUCGAAGGCGCAAUGGAGCUUCGCAGCCCCAGCCGAAGAAGGGGAAGAAGAGAUUCUGAGCAGGAAUUCCAAGAGGCCGAGAGUGGAGACCAUGACCUGCACCAGGCCAGCUUCCCUUUUGGGGGUUGAUCAAACUGCAUGGAAGAUCCAUCGUCUUUCGGGGAGUGAGGGGAAGGUUGGCAUUUGGGGGUUGGGUUGCAAUGUAGCGGCUAAUGGCAGGGAUAUUGUCCGGGUGACAGGCACGAAAAAUGAUGCGUCAAGCUUAUGUGAAAUUAAAUUCAACUUCCAUGAAUAUUCCGCGCCUUGCGCCCGAAUACAUGCCGGGGGGAAAGUUAAUCGAGCCCUGAAAUUUUCAAUCCUACUACAUCUGCUUGGCCAGAAUCACCAGAGUGUUCGGGCACCAACAUCUCCUCGGAAUAAUUGGUACCGACGGUCCGGAAUGAUCUUCACCAGCUAGACGCAAGGGAAAAUUGCAACCGCGGGGCGAUUUGAUUCCAGACUGCGAGGAGCUGGUUAAAGGAUCCCAUGCGGAGUAGAAGGGUGAAAGGCUUUCGCUGACUACUCUGACAGGCUACAUCAAGGGACGAUACGAGCAGCGGAUACGUAUGCACACGGAUGUUCCUUUGUAGAUCCUGGUUGAAUGGAAAUUAAGUAGAACUUGGAUACAUCUGUAGUUGAUGGAUCACCUCCUGUUCACUGCAGCAGUAGGCAGCAUCCAUCUUUAUCAUCUGAUUAAUUAUAUUGUAACUAUAAACAUGGACAGAGCUUGGACUUUGCACAUAGAUCAAUAUUUUCUAUCAAUCACUCAUGCCCCACCCCCAUCUGCACUUACCUUCACCUCAUGGAUAUCAUUGUACCAUGUUGCAUGAGCUGC